AUGCCCCGAGAACGUUUUUGGCCAAAGUCCAAUACCAAUAACUGGCGCCACCGCUCUCUCUCCCCUUCCUCCACUGACGAGCCCUCGACGGAUCCGGAGCAAUCAGCCUCUACGUACCACUCACCAAUAGCCCUCGGUCCCUACACCAUCUCAAAGCACCAUCAUCACCCAUACUCUCGUCCUCUUCCUCUUAACCAUCUACUCUUCAGAGAAGAUCAGACUAUCUCCCUCCUUCAAAAUCUGGACCUCGGAUCGCCUGUUCUUGGUAAUCCCCGAAAAAGAAGCGCAUUCCUGGAUGCGAUUAGGAAGGCCAAAGGUAGAAUUGAAGGUUGGUUUCCCGAGCUAAAGGAGCAGGAGGGUGAGGUGAAGAUGGAGUGGAGGAGUGAGAGGGAGCUGGUUAUUCCGGUUCCUGAUGAGGGGCUGGGAUAUUCUUGGGGGCAUGAACGGCCGGAGAGGUGUUCUGUUGUGGAUUUGGGUGUGCUUGAAAGGUUCGGGUUGAAUCUAUUGAGGGGGAGUAUUUCUUGGGGGAAGGACGGCCGGGAUUUAUGGGUUGGAAAGAACGGUGGUAGAGGGGGGUUCGGUGGUGAAGGAGUGCUGAGGGAGAUUGAGGAUGCGGAGGGUAUGAGUGUUGAGGAUGAUGGUGGCGAGGAGAUGGAUUGUGAGGGUAUCUAUCCGGAGCCUAUUCCCUUGACUUCUUCUUUGGCUCCUCCUCCUUCUCUCGCCAUGCCCAACAGAAGGUAUUCCGAUACAUGGCAAUGGAUUUCUGGUCAACAUGGGGAUCCUUGGCAGUCGGUAUCUACUAAGCAGGAUGAUGGUGCAAUAUUACCUGAUGAAUCAUGGGGCACAGUGCCUGAUACCCAUCCGCAGAGUCCGAGUCAAAGAGAUACCGCGCAUGUGGAUGAAGGUCGGGAUGCGGGGGAUGAUGAUCGGCAUCUGUGA